AUGGAAAAGCUUGUUGACGAAAACACGCAUGUCUUCGUCAACAAGAUGGAGUCUAAGGCCGGCGAGCCGGUCAAUCUGGGUGAUUGGGUUCAGUGGUAUGCCUUUGACGUUAUUGGUACCAUCACGUUUCUCAAGCCCUUCGGUUGCAUGCAGGUUGAGGGCGAUAUGAACAACAUGAUUAGAAACACCGACACUUCAUUCCGAUAUGUCUCUGUUGUGGGCCAGAUGCCAAAGCUUCACCGCUGGCUGCUGGGAUCCCCGACUGGCGUGAAGCUGCUGUCUCGAAUUCCAUUCUUCGCGAAAGCGAACCACUGGCCGUACAUUGGCGUGGUGGCAGCGAGAGCAAUACACGAGUACGACUCACGGAGCGAGGAGGAGAAAGGUCGAUGUGCCAAUCUUCUGGCGGGUUUCCGGCAAGCGCAGGCAAAGCAUCCAGAGCGCCUUACAGAUAGAGACUUGAUGGGCUUCCUCUUCGCAAACAUAGCUGCAGGUAGUGACACUACUGCUGUCACACUGCGUUCUCUCUUUUAUCACCUCGUGCGUACGCCGGGCUGCUAUUCAAAACUCACGGACGAGAUCCGGGCGGCUGAAAAUGCCGGGGCGCUGUCGUCCCCCGUCACCUAUCAGGAAGGGCUGAAUCUUAAAUAUCUCCAGGCAGUGAUCAAAGAGACCUUGAGAAUCCACCCCGGAACACCUCUGCCUCUGGAGCGUGUGGUGCCGCCGGAAGGCGCCAACCUCUGUGGCACCUUUGUUCCAGGAGGCACAACGGUCGGAGUAAGCGCUUGGGUCGUACAACGGGACAAGCGAGUCUAUGGGGCAGACGCCAACAAGUUUCGACCUGAAAGGUGGCUGGAACCUGAUGCAGAUCAGCUCAGGCUAAUGGAGCGGACCUUCCUCAGGUUCGGCGGAGGGGCCCGCUCUUGCAUUGGCAAAAACAUCUCGAUCCUCGAGGUCACAAAGUUAGUACCCCAGGUCCUGCGUAAAUUCAAACUGGAGUGGGCGUCACCAGAGAAGGAUUGGGUGGUCGAAAGCUAUUUCGUUGCCAAACAGAAAGGCGUGGUUAUGCGUUUGAUUCCACACAGUGUCAAAAGCUGA